AUGUUGAGAGGUACGAACUCCGAGCAAGUACUCGACGGAGAAGUAUCGAGCAGCCACCCGGAAAUGCAACGACUUUCCUCCCUUGUUGAAGAUGAUGAAGCAGAGCCCGUUGAAGAAGUACGAUCGGGGACGCUGUUGGAUCUCGAUCUUCUCGACUGUCCUGUUUGUUGCCAUGCACUGACAAACCCUAUCUUUCAGUGUGACAAUGGACAUAUAGCUUGUUCUUCUUGCUGUGUUAGCCUGAGGAACAAAUGCCCUUCCUGCGCUUUGCCCAUUGGUGUCUAUAGAAACAGACUCGCGGAGAAAAUUUUGGAAGCAGUCAAUGUCCCAUGCCCUAACGUAAAACAUGGCUGCACCAACAAGUUCUCUUACGGCAAAGAGUUGGCACAUGAGAAGGAAUGCAGUUUCGCUCUAUGCUACUGUCCUGAACCAGACUGCAACUACUCUGGCCUGUGCAACAAUCUCUAUAGUCACUACUAUGUUAACCACAGUGGUUCACGGUUAAGUUUCACGUGUGGCUACAACAGGAGCGCAUGGAUGCACAUCAGUGAUAAGAUUUUAUUUCUUCAGGAACGUAGAGAGGGUCCAUUGGUUGCGGUUCAGUGUUUCGAGGAGGAACAAGGAGUGUAUGUGACUGUGAACUGUAUAGCACCUUGUGCUCCUGGAGUCUCGGAGUUCUCCUUUGAACUCUUUUACUCGUCUUACUUUGGUGAAAAAACCAUGUCGUUUGGAUUGCGUGAGAUGAAUAGGAUUCAGAAAGUGAGCUUCGAAACUCCUGAGAAGGACUUCAUGUUUGUUCCUCACUAUUUCAUGGCCGGGCGGCCUGAUUUGAAGAUGCAUAUUUGCAUCCGCAGGCGAGGAGAAGAACAAGAAAAGAAAACAUGA